AUGGCGGAGAGGGGGACGGCGGGGACGGCGGGCGGCAGGGCUGAGGCUGUCGCGCUUUGCCCCCCCGGGGAUGGCGUCAAGGAGCGGGCGCGGCGGCGGCUACGGGCGUUCGACGUUGGAGCGCGUUUCUCGCGGCUGCCGCCGCCCCGGGCCGCCGUGCUGCUGCCGCUGCUGCUGCGGGGCGGCGCGCUGCACCUGCUGCUCACCGUGCGCUCCCCGCAGCUGAGAAGGUCACCAGGGGAAGUGUGUUUUCCAGGAGGUAAAAGUGAAGAAACUGAUAAAGAUGAAAUCGAUACUGCGCUCCGAGAAGCUAAAGAAGAAGUGGGACUCGAGCCAGAGAAGGUGGAAGUCAUCUGUAGACUUAUGCCUGGAAUUGAUAAAAUGAAUUACUUGGUUACACCGGUCGUAGGAUUUAUAGAGGAUACAUUCCAGGCCGUUCCUAAUCCAGACGAAGUGAGCACUGUUUUUCUGGUGCCAUUGGAGUACUUUGUCAAGCCCUUAAAUCACAGCACCUUGCCGUACACGACCUCAUCUGGCCACUCCAGCUGGAUGCACUGCUUUAUUUACGAUGACCAGGAACAUAAAACAUCAUUCAAGAUCUGGGGGCUUACUGCCCACUUUGCUUUAUUUCUUGCUCUUGCAGUUUUUGGAGAGAAACCUUCCUUUGAAGUGGAUUAUGAUCUUGAAAACUUAGCUUCAUCCUCUGAGAAUAACUUCAUGAAUUUAUAUGCAUCUAUAUUUGAAAGAAAGAAGAGUAAUCUGUGACAAACUGGUCUGGUAAUUAAGUUAUUUAGAAAGAGGAAAAAUGUUUCUGUUUAUUGCCUUUGUGCCUAUUAUUUGUUUGAAUGUCACUAUUGAAAUUCUUCUGAAGUGGGAACUUACUAAAAUAUAUUUUUAAAUGAUAAGUAUAUAUAUUUUAUCUUUUUAACAAUAUUUUUAAGAGUGCAAGACUGAACUAGAUUAGUAGAAUUUUUAAUCUGUUUUAGAGUUGCCAAAAGCACGUGGUAUUUUUGAUGGAUUUAAUAUACAAAUUUGGAAGAUUUAUUUCAGUUUCUGCCAUUGUUUUGUGUGAUUUAAUACACUUUCUGUGGUUUGGUUUCUGUAUAACGAGGUAACACUAUUUUAUCUAUUUUUUGUCUGUUUGAAUUAGAACAUGAAAUUUUGGGGAUGCAUCCAUCUGUGUGGCGAACUACAUACGCACAACGUGAUCCAUAUGGUUUGGGGUGGUAUCUUCAAGCACUUACGAAAUGCACAAUAAAAUGAUGAAAG